AUGACUUCAAACGCCAACUCCGAGACUCGAGACUGGGAUUCUACCCCACUGGCCCCGAAGACCCCUGACAAGGCCCUCCCGAAGACGUCAGUUCAUGAUGCCACUGCCCAGCACGACCCAGAGCAGCCCAAGAAAAGCAGAUCUGGGAGAACUGUCAAGCCGAAAAAGAACUUCGAGGAUGCGGCCCCUAUGGCGACACCAAGCCGCUCGAAGCGGGCGAGGACUCCUGAACCCGCGGCAGAUACACCGGCCGCACGGCCGAAGAAGACAAAAACGAGAGCGCCAGCUCAGGAGUCUUCUUCGCCACUCGAAGAGAGGUCUGAGGCUGCGGAGCCUGUCACGACACCACGUGGCUCGAAACGUGCUCGAGGUUCUGAACACGCAGUAGACAUACCCGUCGCACGGCCCAAGAAGGCGAAGUCGAGAGCGCCUGCUCAGGGUUCGCCUCCACCACCCAAGCGUGCUCGCAAUGCUCGAGCCGCAAGUAGCGUAGCUUCGUCUCUAAGCGAAGCGGAAUCUCCCUGGUGCUGGGAGGAAGAAGAGGUCAUCCUGGCGCUCUGGAAAGAGGAUGUCCGGAAGGCCACUUCAUGGAAGAUGAUUGGCAGACUCAUGGGACGGACCGAUUUAGCCUGUAGACUUACAUACUGUCGUCUCUCGAAGCAGGACCCCAAGCGAUCGAAGCCGGCUGACGAAUUGAAGCCUCCCAAAAUAUUGGCGCCGGCUGUGCAGAGGGCUUUCGACAAUCUGCAAGGUAGCGCUCUUCAGCAGCAGACUCAGGUACCAGCCGCUCAGACAGGCGAUGCCGCGCCGGAAUCCUCUAAUGUACGACGCGAUAGCGUUGUCGAAGGCAAUGUGGACGACCUCGCUGAGUCCAACUCCAAUGGCACAACCACCGGCCUUGCACAGCAGAAUCACGCCCCGGCCGCUCAGCAAUCUGUCACAACUUCGAGACCGCUUCUACCGUUCGGGAAGCCAUGGGUCUUUGAGGGUGAGGGUACGGAUUACAUCGCGCCCAUCUCCGCGAUCCCCUCAACCACCGCCUCACCCUCCCCAGAAACCCUCGAGCCACCAUACCCCUGCUGCAACAUCCCCAGGGACACAGAAUCCCACGACCACUUCAUCUGCAAGCACUGCAACUACAGCCGCCCAAUCUGCAAACAACGCGGCGAAGGCGUGUGCACCUACUGCCGCAAGAACCGUCGCGUGCAGUGGUACGCCUACAUCAUGUGCGAGAUAUGCGGCGACAUCGGAAGGGAAGACCGCUUUGCAGUGCCCAUUGGCGGUGGCGAGAGGGUCGAUGAGGUGGGGCAUCAUAGAAAGAGGUGCACGGGGUGUCAGAGGAGGCUGGAGUGGACGCCUACGUGGAGGCUAGAGUCGUCGAGGUGGAGGGAGGUGUAUGAUGCGGAUAAGGUGGCGGAGUGGUUGGGGUUGUGUGAUUUCGGGCUUGGGAGUGAGGAUGAGGAGGUUUAG